AUGCAUAAAGUAAGACCAGGAACGGGAAUGGCCGUGCUUCGUGACCCGCACAAGUCACCAGCUCACCUGGACAAGAGCUCGCAAGUUUAUGCUCUCUCUCUCUCUCUCUCUCAAUUCAUCUCUCUCUCUCUCUCUCUCUCUCUCUCUCUCAAUUCAUCUCUCUUUAGUGUUGCCACCUUCCAUCACACCGGCAAGAUGAACUUGCAGGAGUUGCAAAAGUUGUAUGCCAAUGCCGAGUCCCGCACGCAUGCCCUUCGCAGCAAUGGGCACAGCAAAACAAUCCAUGGCCUACGCUUCAAUGCCGAUGGCACCUUGCUGGCCUCAAGCGGCAUUGACAAGCUCGUCAUUGUGCACGAGCCCGGCACCAACGGGCAGUUUGAGGAAGCAGUCAAACUUGAGGGGCACACCAGUGCCGUAGAUCAAGUGGCCUUUCACCCGCAGAACACCAACAUCCUGGCCUCUGCCUCGGAUGAUAAGAGCGUCAAACUGUGGGAUGUCCGUGCCAAGCAGCGUGAAACAACGUCCGUCACCACGGACGACGGCAACAUCAACCUCAAAUGGCAUCCAGACUGCAACCUCCUGGCUGUGGGCAACCGCUCGGAUGUCAUUACGCUCUUUGAUACACGCACCUGGCAAGCCUUGACCACUAAACAGUAUGAGAUUGAAGUCAACGGCCUGAGUUGGAACAAUGAUGCCACGGGCUUUUUCCUGACCACGGGUCGUGGCUCAGUCCGCGUGCUCCAUCCUGAGACCCUUGAGCCUCUCUGUGAGGACCUCACGGCCCACACUUCAAACUGCCUCUCUAUUGAAUUUUCGCCCUGCGGCCGAUACUUUGCCACCGGCAGUGCCGAUGCAACCGUGAGCCUGUUCGACGCUCAUGAGUUGAUUUGCUUUCGCACGCACAAUUCUCUCGAUGGUGUUGCGCGGAGCAUUGGUUUCAGCUACGAUGGCGACGUCUUUGCAGCUUGCUCGCCUCAAGAUCACCUCGACCUGAUCCACACCGAGUCCGACGCCGUUUUGCACUCAAUCAAGACUGGUAAGGAGUCAAAUGCCGUGACCUGGCACCCCACCAAGCACAUGGUCGCCCUUGCGCACUCUGAUUCCAGCCUACCCGCCAUCAAGAUUGUCGGAAGCUGA